AUGAAGGUACUAAUACCUCAUUAUUUACAAAAAAUUUUACCCUUUAAUAUUAGAAGCAGAAACAAUAAGGAGAAAAAAUAUCCAAAUGACCAUAGUAAUAAAACUUUUUUUGGAAAUCGUUAUCCUGUAAAAAAGAGAUCCAAAUUACUACUCUUUGUUUUAGUUUUAUCGUUCAUUUCCAUAGCCACAUUAAUAUUACAUCUACUAUUCGAUAUAAAAACAUCAUUCAUUGAUCAGUUUAAGAAUAACAAAGAUGGCUUGGUUAACUUUUCAGAUAUAGAUUUUGCCAGUCCUAUCGACUCCCCCUUUUAUCGAGGUUGUAUAAAUACCCAUGACUAUAUAACAGAUCCCGGUUAUCAAAAAGCCAAUGCUUCAUUUGUUAUGUUGACUAGAAACGAAGAAUUAGACGGUGUGUUAAUAACUAUGCAGUCGUUAGAGAGGCAUUUUAACCAGUGGUUUCAGUAUCCCUACGUUUUUCUUAAUGAUAAACCAUUCACAGAAGAAUUCAAAUCUACUAUUAGAAAAUAUACAACUGCAGAGUGUCAUUUCGGUGUUGUUGAAUCCAUUGACUGGGAGUUCCCAGAAAUUAUUACCAGUAAAAACGGCGCAGAAACUCGUAAUCCUUUAUUUGAUAUGGCCAUUCAUGAUCAGGGCGAUAGGGGUAUUAUGUAUGGGAACAUGGAAUCGUAUCAUAAAAUGUGUAGGUUUUACUCGGGUAUGUUUUAUAGACAUCCAUUGGUCACUAAAUAUGAAUGGUACUGGAGAAUUGAGCCUGAUGUACAGUUCUAUUGCGAUAUCAGUUACGAUCCCUUUGUGGAGAUGCACAAACAUGGUAAAAAAUAUGGGUUUACAGUAUUAAUCAAGGAACUAUAUUGGACUGUCCCGAAUUUGUUUAGAUUUACCAAGAGUUAUAUCAAAAAGGAGCGCAUUAAAGUUGGUACCUUAUGGGAACUAUUUACUAAAAAUUAUAAGAUUAUCGAACCAAUCAGCGAACAACAUUUGCUAAUGGAUAAAUUUAUUAACAAAGACGAUGAAGUUAACGAUGAAUUUAGUAGAUAUGUGGAAAUGGAAUAUUUAUUAAAUAAUAUAGAUAAAAAAUUGAACAAUGCUAUUGAUAAUGAAUUUUUAAGUGAUUUAAUGAAUGAUGGUGAUUCACAUAUGGACCCUUCUAAAAUUAUCAAAGACAAAAAUGGAAUAAGUUCGAUAAUUAAGAGCUCCAUGAGGAAACCUCCCAUUGUUGAAGAUAAAUUUGAUAAUGAAGAAUAUAAUUUGUGCCACUUUUGGUCGAAUUUUGAAAUCGCCAGAGUUGAUACAUUUAAUAACGACCUGUACAAUAAAUAUUUCCAGUUUUUGGAAGAGUCGGGUGGCUUUUGGACAGAAAGAUGGGGGGAUGCACCAGUUCACUCGUUAGGAAUUUCUUUGUUUUUGAAUAAAGAGGAUGUACAUUACUUUAGAGAUAUUGGGUAUCAGCAUUCUACGUUGGGUCAUUGUCCGGCAAAUGCCAAAGGCCAACAAUUACCGUAUGUGGCCAAUCCUAAAUAUGAGCAAGAGAUAUUUCCUAAGUACUAUGAUAGUUCGUUAUGGAACUUUUUGAAAACCAAGAAAAAAAAGGAAACUGAGUAUUCGAGUGGUUGUCGAUGCAAGUGUCCACUUAAUAUGGGCGAGAUUGAAGAUACCUCCAUUGAUUGCGUUGGUAAUUUUGCAGAAAUUAUACAAGAAGAUUUUGCUACACAAACGGUCUAUGAUGCAGGGAAAUUUGAAAAACAAGUUAGUGAAGGAUAUAUAAACUAUUUGAAGGAUCAUAACAACUAA